UGUCGUCCAUGUCGUAAUGUCGUUGUCGGUGUCGGCCGGAAUGCGACGCCCCCCCCUGGAGUGGAUAGUACCAAACCUCCGACAGGUGAAGACGAAGCCUUCUUCCUAGAGGCCAUCGGCUGGAUGGAGUGGAUAGUACCAAACCUCGACAUGCAGCCUCAGGGGCUAGGAAGGCAUGAGAUGGCUCCUAGAGUGGAUAGUACCAAGCCUCGACAGGAUCCGAUCGCGAAUAUAUAUAACACAGGACUGUGCCCAACUGGCCGAGCGUGUCUGCGAACGUUCAAACGUAGUGGAGAGGAGGGGGGGGAAGGAUCUCGUUGCGAAAGGGUGCUUGUCGCCGGAGUUGCGUGCCAUCGACAAAUGGCUUCAAUGGGGAUCCGAAGAUCCGCUUGUCAGCUUCUCGAUGCGCCGAUCGAUCAGUUCCUUCAACGCGUGAAGGGACUCCAGCUCCGUGGGCGCCUGGGGCACACUCCCCGGAGCUGA